AUGAUGUCCUCCACUACUGAGGUGGAUCCCUUCCUCCAGGUCCAACAAGAUGUCCUCACCCAGCUCGACUCCACCCGGUCCCUCUUCACCUCCUACCUCCGCAUCCGCUCGCUCUCGACCAAAGCCUCGUCCCCAGAGCUAGUCGCCGCGCGCACCGACCUCGAAUCCGCGCUGGCCGCCCUCGCCGAAGACCUGAGCGACCUAAUCGAGUCGGUGCGCGCCGUCGAAGCCGACCCGACGCAGUUCGGGCUCGACGCGGCCGAAGUGACGCGCCGCGAGCGCCUCGUGCAGGAAGUAGGCGGCGAAGUCGAAGAUAUGCGCGACGAGCUCCACAAGACCCGGCAAGAAGCCAGCGCCGGGCCCGGGUCGGGGGACCUCCCGGAUCCGAAUUCGUUUAGCAUCCCCGACGGCGACGGCGACGGUGACGGUGACGGCGACUACGUGGCCGAGUUUGAACGGCAGCAGCAGACGGAGAUGAUGCGCGAGCAGGAUACGCACCUGGAUGGCGUGUUCCAGACGGUGGGGAACCUGCGACGCCAGGCGGGCGAUAUGGGGCGCGAGCUGGAGGAGCAGCGGGAGAUGCUGGAGGUGGUGGAUACGGUUGCGGACCGCGUCGGCGGACGGUUGCAGACUGGCAUGACCAAGCUGCAGUUUGUCAUUCGGCGGAAUGAGGAUAGGUUGAGCAGCUGCUGCAUUGCUGUCCUCAUCACGGUGCUCAUCAUCAUUCUGGUGUUGCUUCUGGUGUUGUAA